AUGAAAAUAUAUUUUCUAAUAACAUUAGCUAUUGCCGAAUGUUUAAGCUUGGCAGCAGCUAACUAUUGUGCUUCAACAUUGUGUCCGGCAGGAGUUCAACAUGUCGCCUGUAAUCACACUGGGAAAUUCGAUUCAACGUGUCCCAAGGAUGCAGCUAUGGUUCAAAUCGGACAAACACUGCAAAACAUAAUUGUCAACGUUCACAAUAACAAACGUAAUUUUAUUGCCGGUGGCAAGGUAGCCAAAUUUAAGCCCGCCUGUCGUAUGGCCACAAUGAGAUGGAAUCCUGAAUUGUCUAAAAUAGCAUCGUACAAUGUCCGGCAGUGUAAAAUGUCUCACGAUAAAUGUCGCAAUACGCAAAAAUUUAAAUUUUCAGGACAAAAUUUAGCCUGGAGAUCUUUUACGGGAACACCGAAUUUUCAAGAAUUGACAAGGGCUUCUAUUAAUGCAUGGUAUUCCGAAUUUAAGGAUACCAAAUGGGAACAUCUUCAGUCAUAUCCAUCGAAUUAUAAUGGACCCGCCAUUGGCCAUUUUACCGCUUUAAUGGGUGAACGUAACAUUGCCGUGGGCUGUGCCGCCUCUACAUAUUCCACCCCGGGAGUUUCGUAUAAGACAUUUUUAAUUGCCUGCAAUUAUGCAACAACAAAUAUGAUAAAUAAUCCCAUUUAUAAUGGUUGUGCUAAACCAGCUGCUAAAUGUACAACCGGUAAAAAUGCGAAAUUUCCCAAUUUAUGCUCCCUCAAAGAGGUUUACAAUGUCAACAAUUGGCGUCCAUCAUAA